UUCACAUCCCUUCAAAACCCGUGUCCUCUUUAUCCAAAAACCCGCAUCAAAUUCGGUGCCUCUUGUUUUCGCUUUUCAACAAGCUUCUUUCCCCUAUACAUAUACACACACCCACUUCAUCUUCAAUCAAACAAACCAAAUUUCACCAUGUCCUCCAAACUCCCAAUAACCUUCUUCAUCAUUUCGCUCUCCCUUUUCCUCGUGGCAACCGCCAUUCCAGGAGGAAGAACUAAGGUCAAAAACGUCAAAACCGACACUGAGAUUCAGCAACUCGGAAGUUACUCAGUGGACGAGUACAAUCGGUUACAACGGACGAAGAAAACCGGCGCCGGAGAUCUGAAAUUCUCGCAGGUGAUUGCGGCGGAGACGCAGGUGGUGGCCGGAACCAAAUAUUACUUGAAGAUUGAAGCGAUUACGAAGGGCGGUAAGAUGAAGGUGUUCGAUGCGGAAGUGGUGGUUCAGUCAUGGAAGCAUUCGAAGAAGUUGUUAGGGUUUAAACCGGCACCGGUUGAUAAGUAAAUAUUAAUUUUGUGUUUUGUGUGUGUGUGUUGAGAUCUGUUUGGUUUAUGGUGUGGUAACUCGGUUUUUUUUUAUGAAUAAUAUGUAAGGAUCUGUGGCUGAUUACGUGAGAUUUACGGUGAUUUUGAUUCAGAUGUUUAGUUUUUGAGUAAAUUGUCAAAAUCGUGAAUGAUGAGUUUUUGGUGUG